CAUAACACAGGUGUCUCCUGUCUACCUCUUGGCUACAGUGAAGUGAAUACACUGAUUAACUCAUGAGCCCUUCUCCUGAAAGUCUUAUCCGUUCUCCAAAUUCCGGCCAUAUGUCAAUUCCGGCGAUCUUUUCCGGUGAAAUCCCGGUUAAGCUUGAAAUUUCCGGGAAGCCCAAAAUAAACCUUGUGAAAAUCCGGGUUUUGCUUGAGAUUUCCAGGAAUCCCAAAAUAAACCUUUUUAAGGCCCUUUGUCCACUGUAAUGGCCUAAUUUUUACUUGCCGGAACGUAGAAAUUUCUUAUUGUAUGGUCGAAAUUCCAGAGAUUGAUAGCGAAAGGGAAAGCUCUGGUUAAUGGAUCCGCAUUCGAAUCAACGCAAUUUGAUCAUUGAAGAGAGAGAUGAUGAGAGAGAGAUUACUAGUAAGAAGGCAACUAGGGUUGCUUCAUUGGACAUUUUCAGAGGCCUCACUGUAGCGAUGAUGAUUUUGGUCGAUGAUGCCGGAGGAGAAUGGCAAAGUAUUGGCCAUGCGCCUUGGAAUGGAUGUAAUCUGGCAGAUUUUGUUAUGCCCUUCUUCCUCUUCAUUGUUGGCAUGUCCAUUGCACUUGCUUUCAAGAGGAUCCCAAAUCUGCAAUUAGCUAUCAGAAAGGUGAUUAUGCGAACAAUCAAACUCCUCUUCUGGGGCAUCAUUCUUCAAGGAGGAUAUUCACAUGCUCCUGACAAGUUAACUUAUGGUGUUGACAUUAAAAGAAUAAGGUGGUGCGGCAUUCUUCAGCGAAUUGCUCUGGCUUACCUGAUAGUGGCACUCUUGGAGAUCGCAACAAAGAAGGCUGCAUUUAAAGUUCUUCCACAUCGAUGUUGGGCUAUAUUCAAGUCCUAUUGCUUGCAGUGGAUUGUGGGGGCGUGUUUACUUGUUGUCUACCUGGCAACAUUGUAUGGAAUAUAUGUUCCCGAUUGGGAUUUUACUGUGCACAAUGUUGAUAGCCCAGAUGAUGGAAAGCAUUUUACUAUAAAAUGUGGUGUGCGAGGGAAACUGGAUCCUCCUUGUAAUGCUGUAGGAUAUGUUGACAGAGUAAUUUUGGGAAUCAAUCACAUGUAUCACCAUCCGGCUUGGAGGAGGUCUAAGGCUUGCACUGCUAGCUCUCUCUAUGAAGGCCCUUUACGCAAAGAUGCUCCUGCAUGGUGUCAAGCUCCAUUUGAACCUGAAGGCUUGUUAAGCUCAAUUUCCGCCGUGCUUACCACAAUAAUUGGAGUACAUCAUGGGCAUGUGCUCAUCCAUUUAGAGGGCCAUUCUGAAAGACUGAAACAUUGGACUCUUAUGGGCUCUUCGCUCCUCAUAUUAGGGAUGGUUCUUCAUUUCACAAGUGCAAUUCCAUUGAACAAACAAUUGUAUAGCUUCAGUUAUGUAUGCCUUACAGCUGGUGCUGCCGCACUUGUAUUUUCAGCUUUUUAUCUUCUGGUUGAUAUUUGGGGAUGGUGCAGUAUUUUUCUACCCCUAGAGUGCAUUGGAAUGAAUGCCAUGCUUGUCUUUGUAAUGGCGGCUGAAGACAUAUUUGCAGGAUUCAUCAAUGGGUGGUACUAUAACGAUCCGCACAAUACAUUGGUUUAUUGGAUUAAGAAGCACGUUUUCAUCAAAGUGUGGCACUCCGAAAGGGUUGGCAUUCUCCUUUAUGUCAUAUUUGCUGAGAUCCUGUUCUGGGGCCUUGUGGCUGCCAUUUUGCACAAGCGUGGGAUCUAUUGGAAACUCUGAAGCCUACGCCAUAUGUUCGUGUUUCAUAAUUUCGUUUCUUUUUUUUUCCCAGUUGUAAGUCUUGUUGCUGUGACAUGCUUAGCUAGAUACCUUUGAUAUGUUCGUGUUUCAUAAUUUCGUUUCUUUUUUUUUCCCAGUUGUAAGUCUUGUUGCUGUGACAUGCUUAGCUAGAUACCUUUGUAAUUGUAGAGUUACUGCUUGGACCAUAAAACCCGUGUUUCAAAACUUAGAAUUGGCAAUUCCAACCCAGAUCGUUCAUUUGGGUGAUCA